GGGCCCCAGUAUUUGCCUCCAGAACAUAAGGGAGAUGUCCCGCAAAAUGUUGAGAGCGGCCAAUCAUACACUGGAAGUUGUCAUUGCGGUGCCGUUACUGUGGCUCUAUCGUGCAAGCCCUUGAAUGAGUUUAGCGAAGAAAAGGUAGUUGUAUGCAACUGUAGCAUCUGCUCUCGGAACGCAUACGUCUGGCUCUUCCCUAGGCCUGAAAACAUAGUACUAUCAGGAUCUGAGGAUGCCAUCGGUAGCUACACAUUCUCCGAUGGGCUGACAAGUAAAACAUUCUGCCGCACUUGCGGCAUCAACGUGACAAAUCUCAGAAAUCAACUCUCUGAAGACGAGAUACUGGCGCUGAGUGAGCAUUCCCGUCAAGCCUAUUGGAGAGGCAAGGAGUCUCAUCCAGUAAAUGCGCGUGUGCUGCAUGGAGUGGACGUGGGUAAGUUGAAAAAGGUCAUGUUCGAGGGUGCGACAGCGAUGCCAUCGGCGUAUGUGAAUCCCUGA